AUGUCGGAACAAAAUGCAGGUGUUCGCUAUUAUACAGAAAUAUCUAAUAGCGAUAUGAAUAAUCAGGAAAUGGGUGCUUUGGCUUCUGUCAAUCAACUGGGUACUAAUACUUAUUCAGCUAAUGCCAAGAUAAUAAGAAACAAACUAAAAGAUUAUUUUUCAAGUGAUGGUGCUGUUGAAUUCCAAUAUGAUAAAUUGUUUUAA